GGUAAAGUGGCCUCUUUCAGGGUCACGCAGUUGUCUAAACCCGAUGCGCUGAAUCUCCAAAGUGUCCUCAUCACUUACAAAACCCAACACGAGCUCCCUCUAUCUCUGAGACUUCUUCUCAGUUCUGCUUCUCACUCCAACAACUCGACUUCACCCUCGCUCCCCCCUCCUCCCUACGAAAACAAACUCAAGGAAUCGGAUCUCUCUCCCAUCCUACUCCCAUCAUCGAUUGCCCCCCUCGGCUUCCACCUCGACACUGUCGUGCUUGAUACCUUCGUUAUCCACCUGAAGCUCUACCCACUUCCCCCAACACACACAACAUGCGUUUCGCUCGGAAUGUGGCCUUUGGCCUGUUCUCUGUCGCCCUUAUGGGCUUCGGCAACUUUGCUGUCGCCGAUGAGCUUGACGAUGUGUUCGGUGACGCUGCUGGAUCCUCCUCCACAACCACAUCAACCGUGACCAGCACGUCGACAAUCGCCAUUGAGAAGCCCACCUUCUCUCCGCUAGCUAUCACCGCAUCCUUCUACGAGCAGUUUACCGACGAUUGGGAUUCCCGGUGGAAGAUCAGCCAUGCCAAGAAGGAGCUGAAGGAUAAAGAUGCUGCGGAGGAGUGGGCUUACAUCGGCCAGUGGGCUGUCGAGGAGCCUAUUGAGCUUAAGGGCAUCGAGGGAGACAAGGGAUUGGUCGUGAAGAACGUUGCCGCUCACCACGCCAUCUCCGCCAAAUUCGACAAGCCGGUCGACAACACGGGCAAGACCCUGGUUGUUCAGUACGAAGUCAAGCUUCAGAAUGGUCUCGAGUGCGGUGGUGCCUACCUCAAACUCCUCAAGGAGAACGCCAACCUUCACGCCGACGAGUUCUCCAAUGCCUCGCCCUACGUGAUCAUGUUCGGACCCGACAAGUGCGGUGCUACCAACAAGGUUCACUUUAUCUUCAAGCACAAGAACCCCAAGACCGGCGAGUACGAGGAGAAGCAUCUCAGCUCUCCCCCGAUGGCCAAGAUCACCAAGCAGUCCACCCUCUACACCCUGAUCGUCAACCCCGAUCAGACCUUCGACGUCCGUAUCGACGGCAAGAGCGUCAAGAGUGGCAGCCUCCUCGAGGACUUCACCCCGGCGGUGAACCCUCCCACCGAGAUUGAGGAUCCCGAGGACAAGAAGCCCGAGGACUGGGUUGACACCCCCAAGAUUGUCGACCCUGAGGCGAAGAAGCCGGAGGACUGGGAUGAGGAUGCGCCUUACGAGAUUGUUGACGAGGAGGCCACCCAGCCUGAGGACUGGCUGGAGGAUGAGCCCGAGUUCAUUCCCGACCCCGAUGCCAAGAAGCCUGAGGACUGGGAUGACGAGGAGGAUGGUGACUGGAUCGCCCCCACCGUUACCAACCCCAAGUGCGAAGAGGCCAGUGGAUGCGGCAAGUGGGAGAAGCCCAUGAAGGCCAACCCUGCUUACAAGGGCAAGUGGAUCGCUCCCAUGAUUGAGAACCCCGCCUACAAGGGACCUUGGUCGCCUCGCAAGAUCCCUAAUCCCAACUACUUCGAGGACAAGGAGCCUGCCAACUUCGAGCCCAUUGGUGCGGUCGGAUUCGAGCUGUGGACUAUGACCAAGGACAUUCUGUUCGACAACCUCUACAUCGGCCACUCGAUCGAGGAUGCCGAGAAGCUUCAGAAGGAGACCUUCGACAUCAAGAAGGCCGUCGAGAUCGAGGAGGAGGCCGCCACCGCCCCCAAGGCACCCGAGCCCCCCAAGGAGAUCGGCAGCUUCCAGGAGGACCCGCUGGCGUUCAUCAAGGCUAAGCUCGAGCCCUUCAUUGCCGCUGCCCAGAUCGACCCUGUCGGAGCGAUCAAGGCCUUCCCCGACAUCGCCGGCAUCAUCCUCGGUGUCAUUGGUACCAUCAUGGCCAUCCUCAUCGGCCUCCUGACCACGGUCUCCAAGCCCGCCACCGUCAAGAAGGUCACUGUCGCUCCCGCAACCAAGACCGAAACCACCGCCACCACCACGGGUUCCUCGAGCGAGACCGAGAAGCCCAAGGCUGCCCGACGAUCCUCGAAGAAGGCUUAAGCGCAUCGCUCGGGAUGGAUGAAAGGAGAGGGAUUUGUAAAUUAGAUUGGAAUGGGAGAGUCUGCAGCCUUUCGGACCGGUGUUUAAUUUUUUGCCUUUUCGGGGGUGAACUUGUUGGGGGUUGGGGAAACGAUGUUUACGAGGAGGGGGGAGGGGGUUUGAUUUGAAAUUUCCUUUAACAAAACUGUCUUUUUCUUUUUCUUUGCUGGGUGUUUUGUUUUGUCUUGUUCAAGGGUGUCCUUUUUUUUGCCGUGCAUUUGUAGCUUUAGGUUCCUUGCGUUGUGGUCUUCUUCCUCUUCAUUUCCUUACUUACUUUCUUCCUUCUACCGUACGGGUUCUAAAAGUGGACUUUACUUUACGUAUCUACUUGUGG